GUGCAAGGUACAGGCAUGCAGGAGCAGUGUGUGAGAGAGUAUUUCUGAACUAAUUACGUCCAGGUCUGAGGCAGAAGGAGCUGACAUGUCACAGUUCUCAGUGCAAGUUACAACAAGAGACUUUCAGCCGCAAGAUCGUAGCAGCAUUGCGGACUGCUGCACUGAGGAAAGAAACUUCAGCGCAGGGCCCUGAGUCUUUUGCUGUUGAGACGAUCUGAGCUGACCACUGCAUACUCUUAAGGUGUGAGACCCAUCCUGGCGGACCUGUGUUCUGGUAGCUGCUGUUCAGUGAGAGCUUGCUGACCCUCCCUGUGUGGAUUGUUAUUAAAGCUGGUUGGCUGCUGAUUCUGAGGUGACUCAAGCAGAGAAGAAUGUUCUCCUUCAAGCGAGAAGACAGCAGCACCCAGCGACUCUGCUGAGAGUAGAAGAUGCUGGUGCUGCUUGACGGGCCCCGAAUGUGGCAGCUCCUGACGGGCAGAGGCUGGUGCCAAGCGUGGUGGGGAUCGCAGGGGGGAAGUGUGCAAGGUCCACUGAUGUGAGGCUGAGCUGAUUGUGUGGUCCUGCCUCUGAGGACAGAGCUGGAGGUGCAGGGCUGUUCACUGGGGCACGGGAGGAUGUUGCAAGCGCAGUGCAAGCUGACUGCAAACAAGUGUGCCUGCUGCCACCCAGCUGGUGAACGGGCUGAGCCUGCAGUGACUGAACAGGUAAAUAUUACCGGGGCUUUACAGGUUAAACUGAAGAGACUGACUGAGGGCCGGGCGGCUUGUAUCCGGAAGGAGGCCGACCCCUGUGACGCGGUUGGAUUCUCCAGGAAACCGAUGGUGGCUACCCUGCCGGGAUCUUUUGGUAACAGAUCAAGACGUCCCAGGAGCAUCUGUGUCCCAGGGGACAGGAUUGGAUUACAGCUAGAGCUGGAAUCAGCAGGACUAUACGGAGCAAGAGGGAUUGAUCUCGAGUCACAGUCUGAAAGGGAACUUUCGUCGCAGGAUGGUGAAGCAGCAGUAUCUGUACGUGCUGGCAGGAAGGAGUUACAUAGACCUCUCAGUAUGAGUUUCCUUGAGACAUACAAAACUUCUUCACAAGGCGAGGCCAAGUCUGCAGCUGCUGUUGAAACUCCGCAGACCAACAGGGUCACCAGGUCUGAUAGUGGCCGUUUCCUACGAACAGGCUAUCGAUGGUCCAGUCAGAGACGGGCAGGCUCAUCUGCGAAAACUGGAGGUGCAAAAGAGACAGCAACAGAUCUCAAGACCCAAAAUUCCAAGGUAUUAUUCAAAUCACUGAGGAGAAGCUUGAGUUUCCGGCUGAAGAGGGUGCCCGAGACAAAGGAGCCCGAGGGCAGCAGGGUCAGAACACAGAGUGUUGGAGACUCUUUUCCACAAAGACCGCUGCCCCACGCCUGUGAGUCGCAAAAGCACGAGGAAAGCAAGAAUUGGCCGGAGCAGACACCACCUUUACCUGGCAGAGGGAAUUCUGCAAAUUCCCCAAAAGCAAACUCUGAGCAAAGCAGCUGGUGGAAGAUCCUGACUGCCCACUUUCGCAAAAAGCACUUUUUUGGCUUCAAAGAACCACAGAAAACUGAUCAAUUACAAUCAGAGAGACAGAACAAUGGCUGGACUUCCUUAACUGAGGGCCAAUGUAGGAGUAGUGAGUCUCUCACUGUUGUUGGAGCGAGGGUCAGAGGUGAAGUGCCAUCAUUGGAAGAUUCAUUUGUGAACAGUCAAGAGUGGACGCUGAGCCGGUCUGUCCCAGAACUAAAAGUGGGAAUUGUAGGGAACCUGUCAAGUGGAAAAUCUGCUCUAGUUCACCGAUAUUUGACUGGAACCUAUGUGCAGGAGGAGUCACCUGAAGGUGGUCGGUUUAAGAAAGAGAUUGUGGUUGACGGACAGAGCUACCUCCUGCUGAUUCGGGAUGAAGGGGGUCCUCCUGAGGUGCAGUUUGCAGCGUGGGUUGAUGCCGUCAUCUUUGUCUUCAGUCUGGAGGAUGAAAUCAGCUUUCAGACAGUUUACAAUUAUUACAUGCGACUCUCUACCUACCGGAAUACAGCUGAGAUUCCGAUGGUGCUCGUGGGUACACAAGAUGCAAUCAGUGCCACAAACCCUCGGGUCAUUGAUGAUGCCCGUGCACGAAAGCUAUCCAAUGACUUGAAGCGGUGCACAUACUACGAGACGUGUGCUACCUAUGGACUGAAUGUGGAACGGGUUUUCCAGGAUGUGGCGCAGAAGAUUGUAGCAUUACGGAAGAAGCAGCAGUUAUCGAUCGGACCUUGCAAGUCACUGCCAAACUCCCCCAGUCAUUCCUCUGUUCCCAAUGCCUCUAUCCCGUCUGUGCACAUCAACCAGGCUGCUAAUGGAGGAGUCUUCAGUGAUUACUCCUCAUCAGUCCCAUCCACGCCAAGUAUGAGCCAGAAGGAACUACGAAUUGAGCCAAUCGCCGCCUCCAGUACUCCCACCCCCAUCCGCAAGCAGUCCAAACGUCGCUCAAACAUAUUUACAUCUCGCAAAGGCACUGACACAGACAAGGACAAGAAGAGCCUCGAUGGUAAAACAGACAAUAUCGGAAGUGGACGAGCAAUCCCCAUCAAACAGGGAAUUCUCCUGAAGCGGAGUGGAAAAUCACUCAACAAAGAGUGGAAGAAGAAGUAUGUCACACUCUGUGACAACGGUGUGUUGACCUACCAUCCCAGCUUACAUGAUUACAUGCAGAAUGUUCACGGUAAGGAGAUCGACCUCCUGCGCACAACGGUCAAAGUCCCGGGGAAACGGCUCCCACGUGCCUCAGCUGGGAAUGCUCCUGGAGCCAGCCCCAAGACCAACGGCCUCACCAAGGACAGGAGCAAUCUGCAGCUGGCAGCUAGUCAAGAUGUGGAAGAAAGCUACGAGUUCGUCAUUGUCUCGCUGACUGGGCAGACGUGGCACUUUGAGGCUUCAAGUUCUGAAGAGAGGGAAUCGUGGGUCCUGGCCAUCGAGAGUCAGAUCUUUGCCAGCCUCCAGUCUUGUGAAAGCAGCAAAAAUAAGUCCCGACUGGGGAGCCAGAGUGAUGCCGUAGCCAUCCAGUCCAUCCGGAACGUGCGAGGAAACAGCUUCUGCGUUGACUGCGAUGCACCCAAUCCUGACUGGGCGAGUUUGAACCUCGGAGCCUUGAUCUGCAUUGAAUGUUCAGGUAUCCAUCGGAACCUGGGUACGCACUUGUCGCGGGUGCGCUCCCUGGACCUGGAUGACUGGCCGGUUGAGCUGAUCAUGGUGAUGACCGGCAUUGGGAACGCCAUGGCUAACAGCGUGUGGGAGGACUCAACACAGGGGCUGGUUAAACCCACCCAGGACAGCAGUAGAGAGGAAAAGGAGCGCUGGAUCAGAGCAAAGUACGAACAGAAGCUGUUACUGGCUCCACUGCCGCAGUCUGACAUUCCCCUGGGCCAGCAGCUGCUCCGAGCUGUGGUGGAGGAUGAUCUGCGUCUGGUUGUCCUGCUCCUGGCUCACGGUACAAAGGAAGAGGUGAAUGAAACGUACGGGGAUGGCGAUGGGCGGACAGCGCUGCACCUCUCCUCCGCCAUGGCCAAUGUUGUCAUCACCCAGCUCCUGAUUUGGUACGGAGUGGAUGUGAAGAGUCGAGACGCACGAGGACUGACGCCGUUAGCCUACGCUCGUCGGGCAGGAAGCCCAGAGUGCAUCGAGAUUCUCACACAGCACGGCUGUCCCAGCGAUAACUUUAUCCCAAUCCCGACUCCAAAUCUGUCGCGCAGGAACACCAACGUGAAUAACAACUCACAGUCCGAGCUGUAUCGAAGUGCCAGCAUCAUCUAAUGUAGCAACACUGGUCCCAGCCCCGCUCUGUCACAGCUCCCCCUCAGCCCCCCUCGUAUCCCACCACCGACUGCUGGAGCCUCUUCUGCCACCGGCUGAUGCAGGCAGUGUCCUGUGCUCUCUGCCGGACUUGGGCUGCACCAACCUCUGAGUCAGCGCUGGACACGCACAAGUGGCUGCGAAGGCAACAUGGAUGUCUGGAGGGGCUCAGUACUGUAAGCAGUGGGGUGGCACCGUCUCACCCACAACCUCCCCCCUCCCGUCCUGCCCCAGUAAAGGGCGCAAGUCACUGAGGAGCGGCGGGGCUCACUCGUCGACACUACUGACAUCACUGACAUGGGGGGUGUGGGGUGAAGAGGCUGAGAGAGAGGAGGGGGCAAGGUUAGGUGAUAUAGGGGAGAACGACUCAGUCCAGUGAGAUAGGACACAGGUGGGGUUACCCUGGGUGUGAAGGGGUGAGUUCUGUUAGACCCUGCUACCCUGCUGUCUACCCUCCCACUCGCAAAGUCCAGGAUUCUCCAUGAACCCACCCCAGCCCCAGAUGCCAUGCCAGAGUCUCCCUGGUACACUCCAUCCUCUCAGAACAGGUCUGUAUGGUGGAAUCUAUUACCCCUUACCCCACUCACCAUCCUUCCCCCAUUGAUACCCCCUCACCCUGACUCCCUGCUACCCUCUCCUUACUGCUGCAUGAGUACGUGGGGUUGGGACUCCUCCAUCAGUGACCUGAUGACCACUCUGUGGUUGGUGAGAAGAACCACACCAAGCAGGUCAGUCUACAUCCUACCAGGGCAGGGUGACGUUAGAGACAGUGGUUCAGACACACUCAGGACAUCUCACUCCUGUCCCUGUGAAAGAGCCUCUGGCACUAAUGUAUCCUGAAUAAUAGUCUGCCCUGGGUUGUGAUUGUGUAGCUUGUCAGUGACACCGGCGCUGUGUGGGAACGGUGAGACUCACUCUACACACUUGCUGUAGAAUCUCAAUACUCGCGCUGCAUGGGCACAUACCCUGUGCAUGCCCACUCUUUGAACACUCAUUCCACAUGCACAUUGCAAACUCGCUAUGCACGCUCAGUGACGCGGUGAAGCCAGUGGAGGGCACAGACUUGUUUUCCUCAGCUAUGGGCUGUAGGAUGAAUCAGCUGGCUUCUGCCCCUUUCUCAGCCCAAGUUCUUCACCUACGCUGCACUCAGCUUGUGUCCUCCGACUCUCUGUGCCUGAGUGUACGUAGGGGAGUGCAACUGAAUCUGUGUGCAAAGAUAAAUGAGGAGCGAGAGCGAUUGCAUGAACAAAGUUUGAAACGUUAGAAUGAAGAAUUAGUCAAAUGCUUCAAUCAGGAUCAAGAUACUUUGAAUUAAAUUACAGCCCCAGAGUAGUCCCCCCCCUCAAUCUCUAGCUGUCCCUCAAUCUUCCUUGGGGUGUGAAGGGGUAUCCCCUUGAGCCCGUGGGGUAGCUCUCCUAGGCUCAACCCUCUCACCUUGAGAGGCAGCACCUUGCCUUGUGGGCUGUACGCUGCUCUGCCCAAGGGUGUAAGCUCCCGGCACAGACACUGCCAGUGAGACAGAGCUUUGACAGACUGUUCAGAUCCAAGCAGACACCCAGCGCUAGAAUGGGCAUUCCUCUGGGUCUGCCAUCACUGAGUACAAUUACUGGCAGAUACAGAGGUGCCACACCCUGGAGUGAAUGUCUGGCAGUCGGCUCUAGGUACAAAUACAAAUGAAUUAUUGCUGUGGGUACAGACACUGCCUGGCCUUGGAAAAGCAUGUAUGGACGCCACCCAGCCAUGGGCUCAGUGUGGGUACGGACGCUGUCCAGCAAUACAGGGAAGGAGGUCUCCUAGGUUGAUUACCCAAGCCCUAUAAUCAUACUGCUGUCCAUUCACUGGCCUAUGCUGGUCAACGUAUAAACACCUCAUUAUGUGUUCCACCUCACUCCCCCCCCCCCCCCCCCCGCCCACUACUUGUACCCAUCCUGCCACAGUGCUGGUUCAGUCGCCAAUGCCGCCCUCUUCUAGUUAUACCUCAGCUGCUGGAUAGAAUCUGGGUGUCAGGGCUCCCAGGGAAAGAGAGUCAAUGCUGUUGAAGUCAACACAGUAACCUAGGGGUCGUCUUUCUCUACCCUCCCCCCUUCCCAUCAUUCCUGGACCAUGGUUAAGGGUCGGCUAACCAUAGUGAAUUGUCUGUUAACUCUCUUCUGUCUGAAUCAGUCACCGUUAACAGUUGUGGAUGAACUUGCACUCAAAUACUGUGUGUGAGCUUCUGUUAACCCUUCAAUCCUCUGGUUUUUAUUCCAAGGUAGCGUGAUGUACUGGAAUCAUCGUACAAAACACUAAAAUCUCUUACACUUUAGAAAUUAGUUUGGUAUUACCGUAUUUAAACAUCACUCACCAUAACGGUACUUGUGUAUAAUAUGUAUAUUCGAAAUAUUUAUAUUUCCGGCUGUAAAUAUUGUUUGGAUGUGCUGUGUUCAGUUUUUGCUCUAUGCUUGGACAGUUCUGACAUAUCCAUACACAGCGUAAUAAAACAGCAGCUGUGCUCAGUU